AGCCGCGGGGAGACGGUGGCCGUGGUGGAGGCCACGGCAGGUGGCCUGGUAAGCGCGGCGCUGCUGUCCUUGCCGGGGGCGUCGCGCUUCUACCGAGGGCCCGGAGUCGUGGUCUACGGGCUCGCUGGAGACGCCAACCGGCAGCUGCUGAGGGCCGUCCUGGGGGACGACUCCGUAUUCGGCCUGAUCAGCGAUCCAGGCCACAAGGCCGACGCAGACGCGUACAUGGCUGGCAAAGAGUUGUGGGUGCAAACUGUCGCUCGCCACAUGCGGUCCAGGCUCGGCGUGGACUGGUGUGUCGCGGAGAGUGGCGCAACAGGUCCAACGUUCAACGUUCCCGGCGUGGAGCGCGCAUUCACAGCAGUUGCUGUGAGCGGGCCUGGCCCGGACCGCUGCAACGUGACCAGCAUUCAGGCCACCGACCUUGACAGAGAGGCAAACAUGCACUACUUUGCAGCAGGUGCCCUGAGCCAUCUUGCAGACUGCAUCGAACGCGGGCCCGUGGUGGGCGGCUAG